AUGGCUCAAUUCGUAACACAUCAAAUUAUGGGCACGACCCUAGAAACUACCAAUAGGUAUUCCAACUUGGAACCGCGAGGCGUUGGUGCCUCUGGAGUGGUCUGUGCAGCACACGACAAAGUAGCAAAGCAAACGGUCGCGAUAAAGAAAAUAGUUAAGCCGUUCGAGAAUACUGGCGUGGCAAAGCGCACGUAUCGGGAAGUUCACUUAUUAAGCAAUUUGCGUCACGACAAUUUGAUAAAUCUGAGAGAUAUCUUCAUUUCGCCAUCAGAGGAUCUGUACGAUAAUCACCCUCGCUUUGACUGUAUCCAGACGGACCUCCAUCGACUCCUUCGGUCGAGACAAAAACCGUUAGAAGGCCAGUUCAUCCAAUUCUUCAUCUACCAGAUCCUGCGAGGCUUGAAAUAUCUCCAUUCAGCCGAUGUCAUUCACCGCGAUCUCAAACCCGCCAACCUUCUGAUUAAUGACAACUGCGACUUGAAAAUCUGUGAUCUCGGAUUGGCUCGAGAGCAAGACGCCAAGAUGACCGGCUAUGUCACUACACGAUACUAUCGAGCACCAGAGAUCAUGUUGACCUGGCAGAAGUACAGCUACGCAGUUGAUAUCUGGAGCGUCGGGUGCAUUUUGGCGGAGAUGAUCCUGGGGAAGGUUCUCUUUCCUGGCAAAGAUCACAUACAUCAGUUUGCUCUUAUUACCGAGGCGUUGGGUAAACCCCCGAAGGAAAUUAUGGAGAAAGUGUAUAGCAAGCAUACGUAUGAAUUCGUGGAGUCUUUACCCGAACCAAAACGCAAGCCUUUUGCAUCUCUCUUUGGAGAUGCUGACCCGCAAGCGAUCGAUCUCUUGGAGAAAAUGCUUGAUCUCGACCCUGAAUCGAGGAUCACGACUUCAGAGGCCCUUAGGCACCCAUACCUCUCGACAUAUCAUGACCCCGAAGAUGAGCCUGUUUUUGAAAAAGAGCUCAGCUGGUCACUUUUGGAGUCUGAGCUCUCAGCAGACGAGUGGAAGACCAAUAUGUACUACGAGGUUCUUGAUUAUCACAGUGGUGCUUGUGAAGGGCAAGCCAAGGAAGUUCCUACCACCAAGGUAAAACUUAAUGACCUCUCUAAAGAGAUGAUGAUGGAAACUUACUAG